AUGCCAAGAUAACGAAUUGUGAAUCUGUUUUGUCGCGCAUGCUAUAAAACCUGAUUGAAUACUAUUGGAGCACAUCGAGUGCUUUUAUCAUUGGUUUGCGACAAGGCUGUGACCUCCAACAUGGCCGCCCCAGCGAAGAUUGACCGACAAACAACCACACCUUUCUUAUUGCGUCUCUUCUUCAAGCAAGGAUCAUUCCACAGGUUAGAUGAGUUCGAUCCGACACUACCACGUCUUCCAACAAAUGUCCAAAUCUACACAUGGCAAAGCUGCACUCUGCGCGAACUUUGUCAGCUUCUCCUUAGCGCAGUACCAUCAAUGCUACCACAACCAUAUGCUGGAUCGCGCAUCGCAUUCCGACUCGUAUACCCGGACAUACAAGGCUCCAACAGACCAGGCGCACCAGGACGAUUUAUAUCGCGAGACAUAGGCUCUGUCAUAGUAGGCGCCCCGUCAAGGAACGAUGACGUUGACAUGGAAAUGAGUGAGGGGGGAAGUGUCGCGGAAGCUCUCAAGCAGCUGGAUGGUGACCCAGACAGGACCCUUGCAGACGUCAAAUUCCUUAUCGGUGAUUACAUCGCAUGUGCAAUCCUCCCACCAUUGCCUGAUGGCGGGGUCCCUGCCGCUCCACCACCACUAUCUGGACCAGGAAGGGGACCGCCAGCAGGCUCGUAUGGUGGACGGGGUAGAGAGAAUGGCUUCGGCGGUCGAGGUGAUUGGGGCGGAUAUGGAAGAGGAGGAAGAGGGGGAGGUGGUAGAUUCGACGACAGAAGGAUGAGUGGGGGAGGGGUGCCGUCAGGCGAAUGGAGAAGAGGUGAAGCACCACCAGAGCGAGAGCCAGGAUUUGGAAGAGGAGGGAGAGGACGUGGAGGCGGAGAUGAUUGGCGUGACCGGGGCAGAGGCAGAGGCCGCUGGUAGUCACGCCGUGUGUCAGAGGGCUUUUCCAAUAGACUCCAAAUGUUCAUUCACUCACAAGAGCCAAAUUAUACCCACUUUCACCACCUUCGAGACUCAUGAAUAUGCCAUGACGGUGGAAACAGUUAAAAAGUAAAACAUAUCUACGUCUCGAUUCCAUGAGAUUGUUGUUCAAUACAAAGCCGGUAUCUCGAUCCCAUCAAGACGCAUUGAAAGUCAAGCGGCGGCCUAUAUCCCCAGCUCUUAGAUAAUCUGCGAGUGCGCUUCUCUUAGUGAGUACGUGAAAAAACCCGAGUAUUCAUACAAGAGUGGCCCAGUAUACACCAAUAGAGUCCUCUCGAGAAAAACUUACCUUUCUUCUUUGUUUCAAGUUCGCUU